AUGUAUUUAACUAAAUUUCUCCGUUCUAUUCUCAAUCCGGCGACGAUCACUUCGACUGUGUCUCGGUCGAUUUCUGUCUCGAAUCAAUCUUCGAAAACCGCAGAACCAGCAGUAAGUUAUUCGGAUAGUGUACUUAUUCUGUCAUUGUUUCUGCCAUCCCGACAAGAAACAUGUCGAUUUCAUUUGAAUUUACAAACCGCAACUAUUGGACAACUGAUCGAGGAAAUCAAACAGGAAGAUAGCGGUGUUGAACAUGUUCAUAUCUUCGAUAUCAAUGGAAAUGUUCUAUCGAAAUCGAAUAUGAUCAAUUCUUUGAUGAAUUCAUCGUUUACUAUUCAACUAAACAAGCAAAAAACCUAUCUCUUCGAUGCAAUUAACAAACUACAAGUUAAAGAAGGCGCUAUUACACACGUCAAAACAGAAGGACCGUCGACUGAAGACACAGUUGCAGCUCUUUAUCAUGCAUUGAAUAUAAUGAAAGUGUAUCAUUCAAAAUACUUUCAACUUAAAACAGAAGCCAAUGAACUAACUAACCAAUUAGAACCAUUAGAGAAAAUUAAAGAUAAAUUAGCCGAUAUAUCUCAACGCUAUACUUCACGAUGUAUAUGGUACGGUUUAGCAGGCAUGUCGUUUCAAGUUGGCAUUCUAGCCGAAUUGACAUGGUAUGUGUACUCAUGGGAUAUUGUUGAACCGAUAUCUUACUUUAUUGCCUAUGGAACUGCCAUGGCGAUUUAUUCGUUUCAUCUAAUGACACGUGCUGAUUUCGAAUACAUGACAAUGACUGAUCGUUUGUUUCUACGUCGGUUUUAUCGCGAAGCUCGCCGGCAUAGUUUCGAUAUAUCCUUAUACAAUCGAUUGAAGAAUCGUCUCUUCGUUGUACAUACUGAUUUAGCACGUCUGAGAGCUCCAUUAGCUUUAUCAUUACCCGCUCCACCUAAUCCAAUUAAAUGCAAAAUUAGUGGUGAAGAAAUAAGUCCGCUUGAUCUCUAUCGUGCAAGUAGACGUGCUGAACAGUGA